ACAAAAUCAAAUAUGAUCGAAUAGCUUAUCGAAUUAUUUGUUAAUUAUUUGAUCCAUUUCCGCCGAGGCCGGACAAGACCCACAAACGGCCCAACUAAUCUCAAGCCACUUUCCCCAAAAGCCCAUUUAUAAGUACCAACGGCAACGAUUGCUCUCCGAUCGAUCGCUUUCUUCUCCUCCCAUCAAGUUAUUAGUCUCAAGUCGUCCAACUCUCACACGCGAGAAGAAAUGGAAAUUGAAGGAGGAGAUGAACUCGAUCGCCAUGGCGAAAAAACCCUAGCUUCAGCCCGCAGCCAUUGCUGCAGAGAACUGCAGCUCCAAGAAUUUGCAGACAAGUACGUCAUCAGGUCCCUCGAUCCGGACUUCCCCGAUCUCGCCUUCUCCGUUGACCGCUCCGACGGCGCCCUCCAGCAGUUGACCGGAACGGUUGAUUUUGGAAAUCCCAACAAGGUGUCUACAAUUUAUGGAGUGGCUGGGAUAAUAAGAUUAAUUGCAGGAACUUAUGUACUGGUUAUCACUUCUCUGAAGGAAAUUGGCACUUAUCUAGGUUACUCUGUUUACCAUGCAAAGUCUAUGAGAUUUUUAUCCUGCAAUGAAGCUUUGAGAUAUUCAACAUCACAGGAAAAAAAGGAUGAGGCUUACUUCAUGUCUCUUUUGAGAACUGUGGAAUCGACAACUGGAUUAUAUUAUUCUUAUUCAAUGGACUUAACGCUAAACCUACAGAGGGCAUGCAAAUUGACUGAAGAGAGGUUGCAAAAACCUCUAUGGAAACAGGCUGACCCCCGCUUUGUUUGGAACCGGAGCUUGUUGGAGGAGCUUAUUGAGGCAAAGCUUGAUGCUUUUGUGCUUCCUAUGAUACAAGGAAGCUUUCAGACUGUACAAUUCACCAUUAAAAAUUCACCUGCCAAAUUGACAUUGAUCUCACGCAGGUGUAAUCGGCGUUUAGGAACAAGAAUGUGGAGAAGAGGAGCUAAUCUUGAAGGCGCUACAGCUAAUUUCAUAGAAACGGAACAAUUAUUUGAGUUUGAAAAAUUUACGUCCUCAUUUUUACAGAUUCGAGGUUCCAUUCCUCUUUUGUGGGAGCAGAUUGUGGAUCUGAGUUACAAACCACGACUUAAUAUAAUAAACCAUGAAGAAACGCCGAAGGUUGUCGAACGCCAUUUUCAUGAUCUCUUGCAAAGAUAUGGAGAGACAGUUGUGCUUGACCUGACUGAUAACCAUGGUGAUGAAGGUCAGCUAAGUCGUGCCUUUGCUACUGAGGUGGAGAAGCUUCCACAUGUAAGAUACGUAUCAUUUGACUUCCAUCACAUCUGUGGCAAAGGGAAUUUUGAUAAUCUACAACUUCUUUACGAGCAAAUAUCUGAAACUGUUGAAAAUCAAGGAUAUUUUCUUACCAAUGAUGUCGGGAACAUCGUAUUGGAACAAAAUGGAAUUAUUAGGUCUAAUUGCAUCGACUGUCUGGAUCGGACAAAUGUUACACAGAGUUAUCUGGCUUGGAAAUCAUUAAAUUCUCAAGUACAGAAAAUGGGGGCAUUUUCCUCAAUCGAUUGCAUAUCUAUGCAUCCUGACAUUUAUGAAAGAUUUAAAAUAUUAUGGGCUGAACAUGGAGAUGAAAUAAGCUUAGAGUAUGCUGGUACUCAUGCUCUGAAAGGUGAUCUAGUGAGAUAUGGGAGGCAGACUGUAUCAGGGUUGAUAAAGGAUGGGAUGACUGCUCUUUCACGAUAUUAUAUGAACAACUUUCAAGAUGGGAUUCGGCAAGAUGCAUUAGAUCUCAUUAGUGGUCAUUAUAGCAUCAGAAGAGAUGGACCUUCUCCUUUCCAGCUGAAUGGAUUUGAAACGUUUUCAUAUCUUCCAGUAGCCUCAGUGCUAGUAGUUGGAAGUCUCACUGUGACAACAUUGACAUUGAAUCAAGCGAGCCGCAACGCACAACAUUUUGUUUCUUCAGUACUCUGGGCUGGUUUGGCUGCUGGCGUAAUGGCCGUCAUAAAAGCUAAUGGGAAGCAGUUCUGCUCCAGGCCACGCUUGUGUGGCCUUUUGUAAUUUAUGGUGUUUGCAUAUUAUUAAUCCAUGUUUGUUCUCAAAAUAAAUAAUUAGUUUGUAGAUAUCCCUAGGGGCUGAAAACUGUCAUGUCUUUUACUCAGCUUUGGCCGGUGACUUAUCGUAUCAUCUCCUUGUAUCUAUAAAGCCAAACUACUUUUGAACUUCAUCGAGGAAUGAAAGCGUGAGUUCCUUUAUUGUGAAUUCUUAUUGAAUUUAUGAGUCAUCAAGGACCUCACAUUUCUGUUUCUUGUAGUAUUAAAGUAGGUCGUGAUUUGUAGUUUA